GGACAAUAAACAAAGUUCAUUUUCUUUUUUAAAUUAUAAUUUUUUAGGGGAAUUUUUUUUUCUUUGAUUUUUUAAAGAGGGAUUUUUAGAGAGAUGUUCUUGUCUUUGUAGAAUCCGUCUGUGUUGUAAUUAACAAACAUUUUGGGGGAGCAGGGAGGGGGCUGGUUUUUGUUCUAAAACCCUCUUCCUCUUUCUCCUUUUUCUGGGUCUCUAUCUCUAUAAACGCAGGAAAUUUGUGAUUUUGAUCCCAUUUCUGUGUUGCUUAUUGAUUCAUUUCUGGGUAAUCCUUGGGGAAAAGGAGAGGCCUUGGUUGUGUUAUGGGUUGGGAAUGGUAAUGGUUGGUGCUUCUUCUUCUUCAGUUGGAGCUAUGGCCCAGAAUGACAGUGAUAAACCGAAGAGGCUUUAUCAAGUUUGGAAGGGACGCAAUAGAUUCUUUUGUGGUGGGAGAUUGAUAUUUGGUCCUGAUGCGGCAUCAUUGUUUCUCUCCAUGUUCCUUAUUGCUGCCCCUGCUGUUGUUUUCUUUAUAAAGAUGUAUAUGAAGAUCAAAGAUAAGAGAACCAAACAUGUGCAGGAAUGUUAUCCCAUAUUAAUUGUGGGCUUGAUACUCACUGCUGUGGAUUUGCUAUUUCUUUUUAUGACCUCUGGUAGAGAUCCUGGAAUUAUUCCUAGAAAUUCAAGGCCUCCUGAUGCAGAUGAAGGAAUUGAUGAACCUACCCCUUCUAUGGAGUGGGUCAAUGGUAGAAGUCCUCAUUUGAAACUACCUAGAACAAAAGAUGUGAUUGUGAAUGGCCACUCAGUAAAAGUGAAGUAUUGCGACACUUGUUUGCUGUAUCGUCCUCCCCGUGCUUCUCAUUGUUCAAUAUGCGACAACUGUGUUCAAAGAUUUGAUCAUCAUUGUCCAUGGCUGGGUCAAUGCAUUGGAAUGCGUAACUACCGGUUCUUCUUUAUGUUCAUAUCUACAUCAACCAUCUUGUGCAUAUAUAUCUUUGUGUUUUCUUUGAUCAACAUCAUCGAAAAGGAGAUUGACAGCCAUGUCAGUAUUUGGAGGGCUAUGUCACGUGAUGCCCUCUCAGUUUUUCUCAUAGUUUACUGCUUUGUAGCUGUAUGGUUUGUCGGUGGCCUCACGGUUUUCCAUUCCUACUUGAUUUGCGCGAACCAGACCACAUAUGAGAACUUUCGAUAUCGAUAUGAUAAGAAGGAUAACCCAUAUAACAAGGGAACCAUUAGAAAUCUGGGUGAAAUAUUUUUUUCCAAGAUUCCACCUUCAUUGAAUAGUUUCCGAUCAUUUGUAGAGGAAGAUGAGUAUAUGGUGGUGGGAUCUGUGACUCCAAACUUUGGGGUGGAUAAUGGUAGCUCAAAGGAGAAAAUUGACAUUGAAAUGGGAAGCAAGCAUGGAGAAAAUAGUGCUUAUCCACUCCCUGAAAUUUUGCGCAAUUUAAAUUAUGAUGAUUUGGAGGAAAUUUUGGAGGAAAAUUUGAAGGAAGAGGAAGAAGGGAGACCUGCUUUUGAUCCAUAUAUUGCUAAUGAGCAAGAUGUGAAAGAACUGGUGGAAGUCACUAUUAUUGGAGAUGGUAAGAUGGAAACUGGGCAAGGGUCAGCUUCUGGAAGUGGGCAUAGAGAGUUCAUGCAUAGCAUCACUGAAGAAGAUGAAGUGAGAAGAUCUGUUCAAAUAUCGAAUACUGUCAGUGAGACUGAUGGAGUCGAGAAAUCCGAUGAUGUUUGCGACUCCCAUGGAAGCAUGGCACAAUGUCAUCAACCAUAGAGUUUUGGCAUCUGUGAAAGACCAAGGAAUGCAAGCUCAGCUAAAAGUCCUGUUCGCGCAAAGAAGAAGCAAUCUCUCAAAUGUUUUUGUUGUGUUCAUUAAAGACUCAUGUUUGUUGUUACUUGUGAAUAUCACAGUUGGUUUCAAAUAAAUUUAGAAAACCAGAAGAAAUGGAUGUUAAUGGUGUGUGGAUGAGAUGGUUUAUGGUUGGUGUUGUAAACUUGUGGGUUUAUUUAUUUAUUUAUUUAUUUUCAUUUUUUAGGUGAAUCAGAUUGGAGAAGGAAGAAUUACUCUUCAUUGAUUAGGUUGUAGGGAAUUUAGAAAUUAAUAAUUGUUUAAAUUGUGC